AACAGAAUUACUUGUUACAAGUUUAGAUCAAAGUAUUGAUCCAAAAAUAAUGAAACUUAUUUUAAGAUCAAUAUUCAUUGAACAUAUGAGAGUUUUAAAUAUAUCAACAUUUGUACAAUCUGAUGGUAAUUAUGCAGCACGUGUUAAAGUUCCAUCACUUCAAGAUGCACAAUAUGCAAUAUCACAACUUCAUCGUCGUCGUAUUGGUUGUAACAGAAUAUUAAUAGCUUAUGCUCAUACUGGUAAACCAAAUCAUCAACAAAUAAGAUCACAAAUUAUAUUAUUAUUGCAAGAAGUACCUGGACAUAGAUUACCAUUAUUUGAAUUUCGUGAAAUGUUUGAAAAUCGUUUUUCAACAACUGUCAGUAUAUUUGAUUUAUAUGAUAUGAAAGAUGUUUGUAUUAUAUCUGAAGAUGGUAAGACUAUAUCAUUAAAUCCAGAUCAUAUGAAUACACCAUCACCAUUUCUUGAAAAUAUUUCAGAGAAUGAACAAGUUGAUCUUCCAUAUCGUACAGCUCAUAAUAAGCAACCAUGGAUAAAUAAAAGAUGGGCUGAAAAAGAAAUAAAAUCAUUACCAAAUGUUACAAUGUCAUUGCAAUUAUUGGAAACUCGUAUUCAUCAAUUGUUGAAAAGCCACAAUGGUCGUUUACCAUUGCCAAGUAUAACAAAUCGUUAUGAGGCACUAUUUCAUGAGCCAAUGAAUGUUGAUGAAAAUGGUGUGCCAUUGGAGCAUUUAAUAUCAUGUUUAUCAAGUGUUGAGCUUCGUCAAGGAAUAAGUGGUUUUAAAUUUAUUGUAUGGCCGAAUAGUCAAAUGAUAAAUAAUAAUAACAAUAAUGAGCCAAUAAUGAGUCCACAGUUGAAAAGCCAAUUAUCAUUUCUCAGUCGUGAAUUUGUUGAUCUUUUGAAGACAAGACCACAUUGUCAAUUAUUAUUUGGUUGUAUAAUAACAAUUUAUCAACAUCAUUAUGGUCGUAAAUGUAGAUUAGCUGAUUAUGGUUUUACAAAAUUAAUUGAAUUACUUGAUGCAUUAAAAGAAACAGUACACGUUAUUGGUGAUGGUCAUAAAAGAAAAGUUACAUUAACACAUCGUGCACAAGCACGUCGUUUCACAUCUGAUCUUCUUCUUAUAUUAAAUUCACAAGUAAGUAAACAAAUAACACUUAGUGAAUUUCCAAGUGCAUAUGAAAAAGUCAUUGGUAAAACAUGGAAUAUUGUUGAUUAUGGUGUAUGUCAAAUGCAUGACAUAUUAAUUGAAGUAUCAGAAAAAGCUGUUGUUGUUACAAAUAUCAAUGAUAAUGAUAAAUUAUUGGCAAUACCAAUGAGAGAACAAACACCAAGAGAAAUUGAAAAAAUAAAACAAUUUUCAGUUCAAGUUAUUGAGUUACUUCGUUAUGCACCACAGUGCAGUAUGUCAUUCGAUAACUUUCUUUCAUCGUAUUAUCGUCAUUUUGGUCAUCGGUGCCAUGUAUCUGAUUAUGGUUUUUCAAAACUAAGUCAUUUAUUCGAGGCAAUGCCAGAUGUUGUUAAUAUUGAUGAUACAAAUUGUCUUGAAAAACGUAUCAGUCUAACUGAAAAGCAUAGUUGGAAUGUAUUAAAAGACCAAAUUGUUGAACUAAUAUCAAAAAAAAAUGGCAGUAUUUAUGUAUCUAACAUACCACGAAUGUAUUUGAAUGAUUAUGGAUAUAUGCUACGUCCAGAAAAAUUUAAUUGUCAAUCAGUAUUUGAUGUAUUAAAAAAAUUAAAUGGUACAAUUGAAUUAAUUGAUUCACAAGAUGGUAUAAAAGUUGAAUUAAUGGCUAAUGUUGGUAUUAAAUUACCAUCAAGUAUAAUGUCAGCACGUUCUUAUUAUAGUCCAGGUGAUUUAAAAAAUAAUAAUAUUAAUAAUAAUACAUACAACAAUAGUAUGUGGAAUAAAAAUCAAAAUUAUGGGAAUGUUAUUAAAUCAGCUGGACAAGUUGUACAACAAAAGCAGCAAAAACAACAAGGGCCAUCAUCAAUUGCUACAAUUUUUUUUUCUUUGUGUGUCAACGAGCUACAAAGUUUUUUGUCUUAUGAAUUCUUCAACAAUUUAUUCUGUUAAUUGUUUAUUUAAUUUUGUGAUUAUUUAUAUGGUCUUAUGACAAUUAACAAUUUAAUUAUUAAAUACAGAAUUUAUUUUUUUAUCAUUUUGAUUAAAUAUAUAUUUAAAAUAAGUCGCAUGUCUUUUAAAAAUAAAACUAAUUGAGAUUAUAAUUUAUCCAGUUAUGGCUCAUGAAUCUAUGAUUUUUAUUGUAAUGUUUUAAUAUUUAAUUAUGUCUAUAUAUAAUAACUAUUUUAAUAAACGAAAAAAAAAAAAAUGUCACUGAUUGUUUA